AUGGAGGGUGUUGGUAUAGAGAAGAUGGGAAAGAAGGAGAAAGGAGGAGCUGCUAGGGGCCGCGUCAGACUGCUCGGGAGUGAGACUGCUGCGGGCCACCGUUGGGCUCUUGGAGACGAGGGGGAGGAAGGGAACGGUCCCUCAGCCAUUUUUAUAGUUCGUUCUACCGUAAUUGCGUGCAUCGGUUGUCGUGUCCAGCCCAGUUGCAGUUGGCGCAGCCACAAACAAACCCAACAGGACGUCGAGAACAACACACUUAGCCCACGGUCCCGUGGUCGCACCAGCAUGAGACGCACUCAAUCCCCUGGACUCGACCCACAACCUGUAUCAUAG